AUGGUUGGUCGUGAACACGCUAGUUUGCCCAUUCGAGAAGGUCGUGGCGGCGGUGAUCGUGGUAGCUCCCGAGGUCGCGGUGAUGGUCGUGGCCGUGGUGAUGGUCGCGGUCGUGGCGAUCGGGGUGGCCGUGGUGCUUCUUCCACGCCUAAUCUGCCGACUAGAAUGAUUACCGACAAUACAGAUCAGCCUGACGAAAACGUUCAUAAAGCUGAGGAUGACUACAUUGUCGCAUCUGCUCAAGUUCGCCCUGAACCUGGACGUCUGGCUAGACGGCCCGGUUAUGGACAAUUAGGCAAGCAGGUUAUCCUUAGGGCCAAUUUUUUCCCCUUGCAAUUCAAGCCAGGGAUUGUUUUUCAUUCUUACCGGCUCAAGGUCAGCCCCGACAAUGCCAAAAAAGGACAGCAGAAGUUUAUCAUUGAGUCUCUGAUGCGCAAAUACCGUGCGUUCGAGGGUAUCGGUGCGGCAACGGAUGGCGCCACUGAAAUUGUCACAACCCAGCUACUCGCUGAGGAUCGAAAGCCAUUCACCUGCACGAUGGGAACCGGAGGUGGGACUGGUAGUGGAGGAACUUCCAGGGUCUACACUGGUCCUUGGGAAGUCACUCUGAAGCAUGACAGCUCUUUCUCUCCACACCAUAUGCUGGCUCUUCUUAAGGACAAAAAUCACGGAGAAGAGCUCCCGGACGAAGCUCAUUGUCUUCGUCAGCUCAACAUCCUCAUGAGUGCUUUUCCUUCCGAGAGUAGUGACAUCUCUGUCAUCGGCAGGGGACGAAACAAAUUCUUCCGAAUGGGGUCUGGAAAACAGGCUAAGGACAUGAAGGGUGGCAUUGAAGCUGUCCGUGGCUAUUACUCAAGUGUUCGACUUGGCGCUUCCCGAAUCAUGCUGAACCUGAAUGUCAGCCACGGGGCGUUUUACCAACAAGGUUCGCUCGUCGAUUUCAUUGUUGCGUUCGUGGCGUUGCACGGAAGGAAUCGAGAGCUCCUCAACCGAUAUCUGAAGGGUGUUAAGGUCUACGCCACGCACCUGGAAAAGCGAGAGAACGGAUCCGGAAACUUGGAGUACCCUGUGAAGUCUAUUCUCGGAGUUGCCACUCCUGCGGAUGGACAGGGCAAGAACAGUCCUUAUAAGGACCAUCCUCCAAAGGUUUUGCACGUUGCAUCUUCUCCUGACAAUGUCCUGUUCUGGUAUGAACAAGAUAGAAAACCGGGCUACAUAAGUGUGACCCAAUAUUUUGACAAGAGCUACAAUACCAAGCUCAAAUAUCACGACAACAUACCAGUUGUCAACGUUGGGACUCGUGAUCGUCCCACCUACCUUCCGGCGGAGGUUCUGAAGAUCCUUCCAGGCCAAGGAUUUGGUGGAGAGCCAGAUAUAACACAACGGCAAAAUAUGAUCCAAUUCAGUUGCCGGCGGCCUCCUCAGAACUAUGAUUCAAUCAUCACCGAGGGAUUGAACAUCAUGGGACUUGGUGGCGGAGAGACCAAGAGGGUGGGAAUCAAGAUUCCCUCGAAUGCCAUGAUCACGGUUCAUGGGCGCACCUUGCCUUCCCCUGAACUGAACUAUGGCAAUCGCUACAAGACUAGACCCAAUUAUGGUGGGUGGAAUUUGAUCAGAGUCAAGUUUUCUCACUGCGCCACCAUUGGCGAUUGGGCUUGUCUUCUGCUUCGCAAACCAGGCGCCCCUGUGAUCAUCGAUAAACCAAAGCCUAGGAUGGACGCUUUUGCUAACAAUCUGAGGAACCAUGGUCUCGCGGUCGGAAGUUGCAAGGAAUACCUUCAGCUCGAUCUUUAUGGAUGGGAGCGAUCAGAGGGGGAAGAGAAAAACAGACAGAAUUUGGAUGAAGUAUUCAAGAAGCUGAUCCGGUAUCCCUUUGUGGUCGUGCUGCUUGCCGACACAGACGGCAAGACUUUCGAUUACAUCAAGUAUAUGGGUGAUAUCAAGUCCGGUGUCCUUACGCACUGCAUGCAAGCGUCCAAGUUCCGUAACGAGCAACCCGAUCAGCAAUACAUGAGCAAUAAUGCUAUGAAGGUCAAUCUUAAGCUGGGAGGACGCAAUCAAGUCCUAAAUCCAGACUGUGCACACUUCGUCGGACUCGGGAGGACCAUGGUGGUUGGCUUGGAUGUCACGCAUCCAUCAGGCUCUGAUCCUGAGUCAUUCCCCAGCGUUGCUGCAAUUGUCGCCGCAAUUGAUCAACACAUGAGUCAAUGGCCUGGAGAGGUUCGAGGCCAGACACGCCGCCAAGAACGAGUGGAGUACCUGAGGGAGAUGAUGGAGGGUCGCCUAGCUUUAUGGAUGAAGCAGAACAAGGGCAAUCCGCCUGAGAACAUUCUUAUCUACCGUGACGGAGUCAGCGAGGGCCAGUAUGCCAUGGUCCUAAAGGAGGAACUUCCGAAGAUACAGGAGGCAGCUCACAGAAUGUACCCGAAAGGAGGCCAGCAGCCGAGCAUCACGAUUGUUGUCUGUGGAAAACGUCACAAUGUGCGCUUCUACCCUACGAAGGCCGAAGAACAGGACAGAACGAGCAACCCCAUGAAUGGAUGUGUCGUUGACCGCGGAGUCACCCGACCUAUCUAUUGGGACUUCUACUUGCAAGCCCAGUGUCCUCUUCAAGGUUCGGCUAGACCCGCUCACUACAUCGUCAUCCACGACGAGAUCUUUACGAACAAGAAGCUCAAGUUAAGCUCCCACCCACGAGCGCCAGCCGACUUAGUGCAGGAACUUACCCACAACAUCUGUUACAUGAUGGGCCGGGCUACUCGCUCGAUCAGUUACUGCACGCCUGCCUUCUUGGCUGACAAGUUCUGUGAUCGUGCCCGGAAGUAUCUAUUGGCUUAUUACCAUAAGCAUCCGGGCAUUAAGGAAGGCGACGUGCUCCCUCGGGAAGUCCUGGCACUGUCGAACAAGUGUCUGAACAAGAUGGUCUACAUCUAA